AGCUUUCUCAGCUAACAUAUGCAUUCUGUCAGCUGGCAGAUGGCAUUUUCAAUUUUGGAGCUCUGGUAAAGGAUUGAAACCAGCAUUUUACUGCAGUAUUAAUUCAGCUUCUUUGAUCCUUUAAAAAUAUCAGAUGCCACAGCUGGAAUGCAGAAAAUUAUGUAUUGGACUCUGAUGGAAAUGGCUUAAUUGAUGUAAAAGCAGGAAGUGAUCUUUGUUUGGAGAACUAAUAAGAAGGGAUUCAAGAUUAGCUCCUGUUCUGAGUGUAGCUUGGUAGCCAGUGCAGCGUGAUGGGUGCAGAGGAAAGCAAACCAGGCUCCCCAUGUUUCGGGCUAAUGGGUCCCUCAUCUGUGAUCAGCAACAUGAACAGGCAGGCCCAGAUGGCCCGGGCUUGGGCACUUCUCCACCAGUGCUCGAUAGAACAGUGGAAACUUGGACAUGGAGAGGCAGCUGGGUUUGGUGAGAAAUUCUUGACCUGUGGCAACAUUGUGUUCAAGGACUGCAGCCCAAGAUUCUGUACCAGUCAACAGAGCAUCAUAAACAUCCCUACAACUGCACGGAUAUUUGGAUUUCGCAAACGAAAAAAGUUCACAAAAAUGGCAGAACAUUUUGAGUACAAAGUUGUGCCAGCGCAAAUGUCAUGUAUUCAGAAUUUUCAAGUGAUGAGUGUGCUAUGUGUGCAUGAAAACAUGGUGGUGCUACACCUCAAACGCAAUAUGACCACACAGUUUGGAGCGGUAAAUCUGUCUUCAGACAAGUUCCUUGGUGUUUUUGGAGUGCAGUUAGCAUCCUUUGAAAAUGAUGCUUUAAGAGGGAAGAUCAGUCCAGAUUGUUCACUAUGCCUUAUAAAAUUACCGUACCUUCAGGGUCGGGUUGCUAAUGGUUAUAUCCUAGAGUUGUAUGAUCUCAAAAGCAAGACUUUGCUAAGCCAGUAUGUUCUACCCUACACAGAUACCACCUUUGCAUUCGAUCCCAGAUUCAACUGGACACAUCUUGCUGCAACAAGUUUCUUGCCAGGAAGUGACAACAGUCUGAGUAUUGUGCAGGUCAAGUCGUGGGAGGUCAAGGCCACGAAUCCCCGACUUGAAUACCAGAGUCCUAGUCAGAGUUCUGAACUCAAGGACAUCGUCUACUCGCGAGACGGCCACCUGAUAUUUGCCGUGUUUGUAACAGCAGGAUGCCAUUGUAGAGAAAGACGCUCACGAAGGACCAACCCUGUUGAUAUUAGCAUCUAUGUGUUCAAUGCUGAUACAGCCGACACCCUCCAUUGUGUUCAGUAUCAUCGGUUCACAUGCGGUGUACACUUGUGCCCGGUGAAUUACAUGCCGAUUUUCUCACAUUGUGGAAGUCGUAUGGCAAUAGCCCUGAAUGACUUGGAGAAUGCUUUGGAUCAUGUGCAAAUCUACAAGCUGCCAAGUCCAAUGAGCCUUCAGAGUCGAUGUAGAACCAGAAUCAUACAGCGCUAUGGACCAGACAAAGUUAAACUUCUUCCCUUACCUAAAAGAAUCAUUCAAUUCCUCCUAUUUCAUCCAGAAUUCGAAUGAAGGAACAAGAUUUAAGAAGAGUGCUAAAAGCUAUCUUAAGAGUUAGCAAUAUUUUAACUGUUAUUAGUCCCCUACCGGCUUCACCGGAGGGGACUUAUGGUUUUGUCUCCGUCCGUCCAUCCAUCACACUUUUCUGGAUCCUGCGAUAACUUUAAAAGUUCUAAAUAUUUUUCAUGAAACUUGGAACAUAGAUAGAUGGCAAUAUGGAGAUUAUGCACGUCAUUUCAUUUUGUUCCUAUGUCAAAAAUUCUGGUUGCUAUGGCAACAAAUAGACUAGAAAUACAGCUGAAAAUGUUGGUUUUUCUGGAUCCUGCAAUAACUUUUAAAGUUCUAUAUAUUUUUUCAUGAAACUUGAAACAUGGAUAGAUGGCAAUAUGGACAUUAUGCACGUCAUUUCAUUUCGUUUUGACGUAAAAAAUUCUGGUUGCUAUGGCAACAAAUAGACUAGACAUACUGCUGAAAGUGGUGGUUUUCUGGAUCCACGAUAACUUUUAAAGUUCUUAAUAUUUUUUCAUGUAACUUAAAACAUGGAUAGAUGGCAAUAUGGACAUUAUGCACGUCAUUUCAUUUGUUCCGACAUCAAAAAUUCUGGUUGCUAUGGCAACAAAUAGACUAGAAAUACUGCUGAAAAUGGUGGUUUUCUGGAUCCUGCAAUAACUUUUAAAGUUCUUAAUAUUUUUUCAUGAAACUUGAAACAUGGAUAGAUGGCAAUAUGGACAUUAUGCACGUCAUUUCAUUUUGUUCCUAAAUAAAAAAAUUUGGUUGCUAUGGCUACAAAUACAUAUAUAUAUACAAAAAUCUGGAAUUUUUUACAAUGGUGGAGCCGGUAGGGGACUUAUAUUGCUUGAAAAUAGUCUUGUUUAAACUGAAAAUGUUAGUGGCAUGUGAUCAUACCAACAGAAGUUAAAAAUCCAGGCGGUGUAUGCCAUCCAAGAGGUGGUGUUCAGUCAGUGGCAUCAGUUAACCCAUUUAUGCCUAGUAUCUAGACAAAAGGCCUUGGCAAACAGCGUAGACCCAGAUGAGACGCCACAUGAUGCGGCGUCUCAUCAGGGUCUGUGCUGUUUUCUUAAAGGAAUUUCUGUAAGAAAUACUCUAAAUAUAGAAAUAAAUAUACUAGACAUCCUUAAUUUUGGAAAUAAAUUGAUCCAAUUUUGAAGUAUGGGAGAGUCAACUAGGCAUAAAUGGGUUCAUUUACCAAUCUUGAUGAA